AUGUGUUGCCUUUACAGGUUCCUUGAGGGGGAAUUAGUCAAAUGUUGCUCUUUAGUAUCCAGAGGCAACAUUAAGGAACAGAUCAUCUCGGCAGCGCAGACGCUGGCCCUCCACCCGUCCAGUAAGAUCGCUAAGGAGAACCUGGAGGUGUUCUGCGAGGCGUGGGAAUCGCAGCUCUGUGACAUGGCCCUGCUGCUGAGAGAGAUCAACGACGUCUUUGAAGGCAGGCGAGAGAAAAGACCUUAUUUGUCACUUCCCAGAGCCGGGAAACACUCGGCUAACUUGAAGACUGCCAAGGCUGUCAAGUUGGAUGCAGAGGAGCAAACAAGCAUGGCCAAGCUGGGUCUAGAGCUCCGUCUGCUGUCGUCAGACGUGGACACAGAGGUGGAGAAAUGGGAGGAGCAGGAACACGACAUCGUCCGGCAGAGCCAGAGCCUGGCCAGUAUGGCCUACAACAUGUAUUUGUUCACCAGAGGGGAGGGGCUGCUGAAAACAACACUAGAUCUUUUUCAUCAAGCUGAGGUUCUCUCUGAAGAGGGGCUCCAGCUGUGCUCAUCUUUCCGCACUUUUUCCACUCAGCUGGUUGAUGAGGAAAAGUCUGUGGUGAUGACAGAGAUAGAGAAACUGGUGGCAUUGUGCCAACAGCUGCAGAUGGGGGGAAAAACUCCUGUACAGGGCAAGACUGCCACCUUCCAGAAGGUGGACUCAUCCAUUCAGACAACCAGAGGUGUCUUGGCCGUGGUCCUUUUCCUCCUCCCAUUCUGCAACAAGCUCAACAGAAAGUACAAGUCAGAAAGGAGUAGCCUGGGUUCCCCGCAGGACUGGAGAGAGAGGCAGGAUGCGUCCUCUCCUGUCAAAGAAGAGGGGGCUCUCAACAGCAAGAACAGCAACGGCUUUGGUGUCAAAUCCUUGGAGCAGCAUAUGGCCGGUCUCAACCUCCUAGAGACCAAAUAAUCCAGGAAACAGUCACCUCCUUUGUCCACUAUUCUCCCUUGGAGCAGCACAUAGCCAACGUCACCUUUCUGGAGAACAUGUAAUCCAGAAAAUUCCAGAUAUCCCCCUCAUCGUCAUCCACCCACCAGAGAGUGGGGCUAGAGCAGUGUGGUGAAGGUGGUUGCCUCGGGUCAGUCAGAGUUUGUAUUUGCUGUCUGAAUGAUGAAGCUGAAGGCAGAUACAAGCUCGCUGUGCCCAGGGGCAGUUUUUAACCCAGGGUGACUUGUUACCUGAAGAUCCACCCCAGUCUACAAGAUGGAGACAAUUUGCUAUGACUUUGCCAUCUGCUGCAAACCUCCUUAAAGAGAGAAGGGCCGGAGUCUCUUUUUAUCACUUCUCAGUAUAUAUUGAGUUGAUGAACUGAUCCAAAAUCAGGAAAGAACUCCUCUUAAUGCUCAGCCAUACAUCUGUCUUCACUAUGUGCCUCUGUGUGACAAGCCUGAUUGCUUUGUGGUGUAUUGUAAAUGUGUUGCACAUGUUAGUCAAAUGGGGGGGGUAAAAAAAAUGCAGUGCAACAGCUGAAACCCCCACCAUGCAUGAUGCUGUUAUCACCAAACCCUUGUGUUUGAGUCUCUUAUGGUCAACGUGUCAUAGGUUUGUAAUGUUAACACUUGUUGUGUAAUAUUAGAUAUUGUGAUACAUUUGUCUUUGAUCACUGGUAUUCUAGUCAUCACACUUGGAUAAAUAAGUAUUUUAAAAGUCAACCACAUCAUAUGAUUGAUGGCUUCUUUCCAUACAGUUUGCCAUGGAAUAUUAGCCAUGUGCCAUGUUAGUAACAAAAUCACAAUUUAAUGCCAAAUAUGAUUGUCUUCAUAAAGACGCUGUGAUCUUCAGCUUGCUACUAGUGUGAAAUAUAAAGCUCUUACACCUCCAGUGUUCAUCACUGGAGACUUAUUUUUAUUGGGUUCUGGCUUCUCCAAAUGUCAGAUGAUGAAGAUAAAGUUCAUCACUAAGAGGCUUUUGAGACAUCAGGACCUUACUUUAUACUGUCCUGUUAUUAAAUCAUAUUGUGUGUAUAGUUAUACUCAGACAUUUUAUUUCUCACUAAAGAAAUUAAAGAUAAUUUUUAACUGGCACCUGUGUCAAAUGGAGCCUUGAAGUGUACUUGUUAUGAAGACUAUCAUUGUGAAGCUGCCUUGUAGGCCAAUAUGUAUUAAAUGGUAAUUGGUAUGUAUAUGGUACUUGAAGUAUAGAUAUAGAUAUAUACAUGUAUGUAUAUUUAUAUAUAUAUAUAUAUACACACAGUAUGUAUCCUAAGUUAAUGACUUUGGUACUAGGUGAUGGUAUGGUAAUAGCUGAGAUGAAUAACAUACAUUAAGCUUUAGAAAUGCUUUGU